GGAGGAGUACGCUGUAGAACUACCUGUCUACAACUUCAAAUUGUCUAUCAUCAUUUACUCGAAUUAAUACAACCAAUAUCAAUGAUAUGUGCUUUGGCACUAUCACAAAAACUUUACGUAGAAUGGAAAACUUGGAACGAUAUAUGAAAAUUGUGACGACAAGAAAAGCGCUUGAGCAAAGGUAAUUCUUUUUCUAUCAUAAAACUAUGCAAGGUGUUCUGCUAGAUUGCCACAAAACGAAGAUACCGAGUAAAACGUGUUCGUACAAGCGAGCCAGCUAAUAAGCUGUUGCAUACCUGUCCUGAACUCUGGGCACCUUGAAGUUUUCUGAUUGUCGACCCACGGUACGCCUAUGCCUCUUGCUAGGUAGAUUUAACCAGCGCACAACACCAUCUCCUCAAACCUUCACUUUCCCACAAACCAAUCAACCUCAUCAAGAUGGCCACCACCGCCCGCACAGCCGACGACGCCCUGACGUACGAGUCCGACGCCCUAGCAGGCGCAAACGCCGCCAUUGAAGCGAUCCUGCAGCUCGAGGAGGCGCACGACUGUCGCAGCGACUUGAAGGCCGAUCUCGGAGAGCUGGAAAAGGACUUGCACAGCAUUGAUCAAGAGAUGGGAACCUUGGAACGGCAUAUUGACGAAUUGAGAGCUAUCACGCCCUCUACACCGACGAACGACAUCCCUGAGAUCCCGCGACGACGCGCAGAGGGCCAGCCGCGUGGGAUAAAAGCUCUGGGAAAGACCCACAAUGAGCGGUCGGAGAAGGCGAAGAAGAAGUCGAAGGACGCAAAAACAAAACAAAGAAAGGGAGAAGAAGAGAGGAAUGGAACGAAGCGAUGA